AUGUCUGCUGCUGUCGCGAUGGUUUUGCUGCUGCAGAAGCAGCAGCAGCAGCAGCAGCAGCAGCAGCAGCAGCAAGCGCAGGAGAAGCAGCAGGCAGAGGGGGCCUCUGCUUCAACAGCCGAAGGGCCUCGGACUGCAGCAGCAGCAGCAGCAGCAGCAGCAGCAGCAGCAGCAGCAGGUAAAGCAGAUGCAGCAGAUAAAGCAGAAGCAAAAGAGUUAGAGACACAGCAGCAGCAGCAGCAGCAGCAGCAGCAGAUAAAGAAGCAACAGCAGCGUUAG